UUGCUGAGUUGAACUCACUUUCUCGCUACUGCAACAUGGCUCCAAUCUCUCUGCUACUGCUGGUGGUUCUGCUGUCAACUUCAUGCCGUUCUGCCAGCGUCAAAGUUGGUAUAAUAAAUGGCACUGAGGCUGAACCACACUCCAGACCCUACAUGGUUUCUAUCCAGCUUCAAGAGCAACAUGUCUGUGGUGGAUUCCUCAUCACCGACAGCUUUGUCAUGACAGCUGCACACUGUGAGGAACACUUUAAAGAGAACUGGGACAAAGUCACUGCAGUAAUAGGAGCUCAUAACCUGAAGGACAAUGACUUUGAGCGCAUAGCGGUGGACCAGCACUACAUCCAUGAACACUUCACAGUGACAAAGGACAAAGUGAUAAAUGACAUCAUGCUGAUGAAGAAAAAAGCCAGAAAGCGGAAUGACAAAUGCAGUGUAGCUGGUUGGGGAUGCAUCACAACCAAUGGAAACCCAAGUGAUGUUCUUAUGGAAGCACAUGUCAAAAUCAUACCCCCUGAAACAUGUAAAGAGCAGUGGUCUUUCUACAACGACUCAAUUAUGCUGUGUGCAGGGGGUCUCCAUCAUGGAUUCUGCCAGGGAGACUCCGGAGGUCCUUUGGUGUGUAAUAAUUUUGCAGUCGGCAUUGUUUCAUUCCAAAAUAAAGACUGUGAUCACCCCCAACAACCAAAUGGCUAUACCAGGAUAACAGGAUUCCUUCCCUGGAUUAAGAAAACCAUUCACGGAACUAAAUAGUUAUUAAGCAAAUAAACAUUAUGUUCUGAUACUGCGUGUAUUGAUGUAAUUUUGUGGUUCAUUAGGAUUUGAUCAUGAACCUGUAAUGCACAAUUGAUUUUCAUUUUACAAAUAUUGUAAAAGCUACAGGCUGGAUAUUAAAUGCAGUUAAAUAAAAUAAAUACAUAAAUAUGA